AAGUGAUUUACAACGUUGACAAAGGCAAACAGUCGAUGCAAUAUCAAGAAAAGCCUAAACAGACCUACAACCCCAACCCCCAGCCGAAGUUGAUACUCGGGGGCAAUGAUAAGCCACGAACUUAUCAAGGUGGAGGAGAACGCCAGAGACAGAUAAUAGGAACUGGUGAUAGAACGUUCCAAUCCCUUAAAGAUAAAAUGAAUAAAGAGUAUUCAUUCAAAAGGGAAAGUGUCGCCAAAUUAUUUCGACAAGUAUUGAAAUCGGGUUUAGAACUGCCUGAAUGCAAGAGACCCGAAGAGUCGAAGCACACUGGUGACCCAAAUUAUUGCCCAUACCAUCGAGUACUCAGCCAUCCUAUUGAAGAUUGUUAUAUCUUCAAGGAUUGGCUUGAAAGAAAAUAUCAAAAGGGGAAACUAACAUUAUCCAACAAUGUGCUGUCUCAUCCUAAAAAAUAAUCAACUCGGGUGGUCACGUCCUCUUCCGUACCUCUGGUUGAAGAAAGAAGAAAUGAAAAGAAGCCAAUUCAAGAAGAAAAGUGGGAGACUGCGGUCUCCAAGAAAACUGUAAAAAUGUUAAAGCAACUCGAAGGAGUUUCAGGUGUAAAGUGGAAAUCUCCUAUUGAGCCAAUGAUAGAUUUGAAGGCACUGCCAGUGGUACGACCUUCUACUUCAAAACAGUUUUCCAACCAAGUUAGUUCUUCAAAGACUGAAAAGAAGAAAUCAUCCAAGAAGAAAACCAAGCUGAAAAAGCCUAAGGAGAAAAUGACUGAAACUCAGAGAGUUAUCAACAGUUUGGAUGAAUAUUACCAGACUGUGAGGCGACCUGUCAAGCUCGCUGACUUCAUGUCGGAGCUUAAGAUAGAUGAAGCCGAAGAAAAUGAUGAGAAUUCUCUUCCCAAAGAAGUAUGUCGGGUCAUCUCAGUGGCGCCGAGUACCUCAAUGAAAGAAGAAUACACAGAAGAAGUACCCUCUGAAUCCUGUAUGAUGGUUUUGCCAAUGGAUUACAGCUCGGAGGAGGAUUUAUAUUUUCCAGAGGGAGACGAAUCAGACCCUAGCAUAGCGUCUCGGAUGGGACAUGUAAACCUAGGUGGUGAUUCUGAAUCAACGGAUGAGUCCCUAGACGCAACGAUGGCUGACUCUGAAGAAAAUGUACAGUUAAAUGACUCUGAACCGGAGGAGAUUGCUCAAGUGCAGUUAAGAAGCGGAAAAAUACUACCGCCUCCACCGAAGAAAGGGGUCUCCAAUAAAGAUAAGGAAAAAGAAAUAAUUAUCAACGAUGAUAUUAUCUCUGAAGAUCUUAAGAAAAAGAACACUUCAUCCAAGGGGAUAGAUUACAAUAUCUUAUCCCAUUUGAGAAAAAUCCCAGCACAACUCAGUAUAUACGACGCGUUGAUAAUGUCUAAAGACCUUCGGGAGACUCUGAUUCAGGCUCUCAAAGAUCCCGAAAGAUACGAGGCGUAUUUUGCUGAACGAAGUUUGACUGAAGUUCUGCAAGCUCGUAAUGAGCCAUUCAUUACUUUCUCCGAAGAGGAUAUGAUGCUCGGAACUGCAGACCAUAACCGUCCUCUGUACAUUACUGCAGAGAGCGAUAAGCUGAUCAUCAGUCGAAUUCUGAUCGAUCCUGGAUCCUCCAUAAAUCUGAUAAGCUUGAAAGCACUGAGAUCCCUCUGCCUUGAUGUGGAACACCUCGGGCCAGAUAAGCUGAUGGUGCAUGGUUUCAAUGAAAAAGGACAGAAAACCCUUGGAUCAUUCAUGCUCCCUCUUGUAUUUGGAGAGCUCCAUACAGAAGCUAAAUUCCAUGUGAUCGACGCGGAUACUUCAUUCAAGGCGCUACUAGGCCGUCCCUGGUUACAUGAAUAUGGUAUUGUCCCGUCAACACUACACCAGUGUAUGAAGUAUCUCAAAGAUGGAGAAGAAUUCAGGAUCUCUGGUGACAUUCAGCCUUUCACAGUUCAUGAAGCAACAGUUUAUGAAG